GUUUGUUUACAGUGAUCUAAAAUGGUGAAAAAUUACCGUAGCGAAGAAGAAAUCUCAGCAAAAAUCUUAAAUUUUGCUUUUAUAAUAAGCAAAAUUUAUUGUAAUGGGUUUUAAAAAACCAUGACAUUAAAAUAUAGUGGAAAUAACAAGGUAGUUAAAGACAAUCUUCCAUUUACCGAUGAAGCUUCAGAUGCAAGCAAUUCUUAUGAUGAAUACCUGCUACUUUUGCAACAAAGAAAUAGGUUACUAAAAAAGCUAAAAGAAAAAGAUGAAGAACAACUUAAGUUGGAGCGCAGAGAGCAAGGGUUCACUCUUUUUCUAAAUGGAGCUAAUGUUGGAUUACAUCUAACAUCUGGGAAGCAUUAUGACAAGAGGCACAAAAGUGCAGGAGAUGGAAGUUUUAGACCUCAGUUUUAUGAUUCCAAUUCCAGAAUUAAAACUGCUCCUUCAAAAGCUGUUCCUUCAAAAAGAAAGGGUUGGAAUGAGGAGCCAGUUGGUGUAUUGAAAAUAAAAUCACAAUCUGGAGAAAAACUUCUUGUAAAUGAUCCGGAUAUUCAGUGUGGAAAAUAUAGUGAUGAUUUUGACCCAGAUGAUAGCAUUAAAGAAGAGGCAGAUGAAGAGAGUGAGCAUGAAGAUGAAAUAAGUGAAGAAGAUAAGAGCAACUUAUUAAGUCAAGAUGAAUAUUCAUCAGAAGAAGAUGAACAAAAUAAUUUACAUUUGACUUUUACAAUCGAAGAUGCAAAGGUGUUGCGUGCAUGCUUGCAGACAGAUUCAAGUGUGAUGCAAAGUUUGAAAGAGGAUAGUGAUAAUGAUGAAGAUAACAGUUUGGAAAUGGAAGAUGAAUGUGUAUCUGAAGAUAGCGGGUCAGUUGUUUCUGAUGAAAAUAUCUUAGUGGAAGAUUUUGAGGAUGAUGUUGAUGAAUGUACAAAAAAGAAAAACAAUGAUGUUCUGGAACUAACUUCAGUUUCUACUGUUCAGAAGCACUGCCCUGUUUCCUCAAGAAAACAACAUAAGCCAGACAGUUUUAUUCCUAAAAAUAUUUCUGCUGAUGUUCUUGCCGCAAUAGAGAAAGAAAACAAGCAACUUGCUGAGUUUCAGGAAAAACGGAAAUUGGAAUCUCCUUUACGCACAAAUCAAACUGCUCCAGGAUAUGCUCAGACUGUUUAUGAAAAUAAACCUGAAAUAUUAGAAGAUCGUCCACAAACGGUACCUGCUCUAACAGAGGCUGACAUCAAUACCAUAACUCAAAAAGUACGUAAAAUGACUGGAAGACAACAACGGAAGCUUUUAAAUAUGUUGGCUGAGCUAGAGACACCAGAAUCUUUGAUAAACACAUGGAGCAAUUCUACACAUGACUCUGAUAAAAAUAAAUCUUUUGCUAAUAAUGUAUGUCAAGAAGAAAAUGAUAGUGAAACUGUAGAGCCAGGAACAAAGGAACAGGAAGGGCUAGGAACCAUAGGGUUUAAUACCAUAUCAAAAGAGAAUUCCAUAACAAACAAGUCUUUACUUUUGAAAAUUGAAUUUCACAGUAAUUGGGGAAAUGAACACUACAUCGGUUUAACUGAGCUUGAAUUCAUUGAUAUAAACAUGAAAAGUUUGGUUGUAAAAGAAAAUGACAUCAAAAUUGCUAGUUCCCACUUAGUAUUAACUGACGUAAAAAGCUUGAUUAAUAAAAAAACAAAGACAACAAAAGAGAAUAAUAUGUUAAAAUGUAAACUUGUACGAAAUGAAAGUCUUAAAGUUCACAUAUGGUUACCAAUUAAAAAUCUUGCAGAGCUUGGUAAAGUUGUAAUAUGGAAUUAUAAUCAAUCACUACAGGAUUUAAACAUAGGGGUUAAGCAUUGCAAAAUUAUUGUGAAUGAUAAAGUGCUUUGGGAUGGUACCAUAGGAAAGGGUUGUGGUAACCAAAUAUUCGAUUAUGGUCAUGUAGUUGAUAUAAAUGUCUUGGCAGAUACAAAAGAAGAUAAAAUUAUAGAAAAUUUUGAAAAGUUUGAAAGAAAUCAUUUGGCUGACGAAUCUUGUGAAAAACGAAUGGAACAUGUGUCGCGAUCAAAAAGUACACCUCUCAUAGGUUCUUUAAUGAAUGAUCGAAAACAAGAAAAGCAUCCUAAGGAAAUCACAACAUUCUUGCCUUCAUCAACAACAGUUAGUUCAGGGAAAUUAUCCUGGUUAGAAGAUUCGCCAAAAGUAAUGAAGUCUAUGCCAAGUAUUAAAUCUUCAAAUCUUGAUACCAUAUUUAUAGAUGAGCAGCUUCCAAGAUCUCGUCCAUCAAGUGGUCGUCGAAGUCAAUUAAAUUUAGAUACUAAAGAUUCUGAGCAAGAUAAAUUAAGCAAACAGAAUUCAGUUCAAAAGUUUAAUAAUACAACUAGUAACCCAAAAGAGUUAGAUGAACUAUUUGAUCUUAAUAUUAAACCCAAGCAAGCUAAGAGUGGGCGUAGAAGUCAGUUGGAUUCAGAAGAAUCAAGAACAAACACUCCAUUGUCACCAUUACUCAAGCAAUCGAGUUUUAAAGAUAGUCAAGAGUCAUUAACAAAUGUAAGCGAAAGAACAAAAUUCAAAGAAAAUAUGAAUGGCGAUUUUGACCAGUUUCUAAAAUCUAUUGAUAAUUUCAAGUUUUGUCAUAAGGGGCGUUUAACAUCAAAUUUAGAUGAUUAUGAGGAUGACGGUAUAAGUAGCUUAUUAGUGCCUAUGAAGCAAAAAGAUAUUGAAUUGUUGCAACAAACCAAUGACACACCUAAAGAAGUUGCUAAAAGUCUGGAACGCUUUCAGUUGCCUGUUUUACCAAAAGGAAAAGAACUGAUAAUAAACAUAAAAUCAACAUGGGGAGAUCGGCAUUAUGUAGGACUUAAUGGUAUUGAAGUAUUUACCAAUAAAGGAAGUUUAGCUAAAGUGAAAUCGAUUGAUGCUUCCCCUCGUGAUAUCAAUAUUUUGCCAGAGUAUGAAGGAGAUCCAAGAGUUGUUAAAAAUCUUAUCGAUGGUUGUUAUUUGACAAGAGAUGAUUCUCAUUUGUGGUUAGCACCUUUUACACCUGGUGGUGAUCAUUUUGUUAUUUUAGAAUUUGAGGAAGAAAUUAGUAUUGCAAUGAUACGAGUUUGGAAUUAUAACAAAUCACGCAUUCAUUCAUCUCGUGGGGCAUGCUUUGUAGAGAUGGCUUUGGAUGGAAAACUCAUAUUUAUAGGAGAAAUUGCAAGAGCUAGUGGUAUUUUAUCAAGCAGUGAUCCUUAUGGAGAUAUGAUUCUUUUUACUACUGAUGAAGAAAUUCUUGAAAAUGUUGCUGCAAAUGAUUCAACAUUUUUAACUGAAUAUAAUAACGAAGAAGAAGCAAUAUUGGCUUUAUCUAGUGAUUUUAAUCAAAGGCCAUCAACUGCAGACAAGAUUGAAUCGCCUAAAGGUCGUCCAUUUACCUGCCCAAAAUACAGAGAACCAGUUUCACCAAAGAGUUUCAAACCAUUGUCAAUUAAAGAAGAAUCUUUUGAGUUAAAUGAUGAUCUACCAACUGUAGAAAAUAAAAAAGAUGAUAUUUUUGAUGGAGAUUUUUGCUUCUGUCAAGUACUUUCAAUUUUCUUUUCUUCAACUUGGGGAGAUCCACACUAUCUUGGUUUAACAGGUUUAGAAGUCCUUGGUGAAACAUUUGAAAAAAUUCCACUUAGUUUGGAUAUGCUUGAGGCAAGUCCAAGAGACUUAAAUGAUUUGGAAGAGUACGGAGAAGAUGACAGAACACUGGACAAGUUAAUUGACGGUGUAAACCUUACUAUGUCUGAUGAACAUAUGUGGAUGAUUCCAUUUGAUGAGGAAGGAACACAUAUUUUAAAGAUAAAUUUUAAACAAUCAACAGUUAUAACUGGUAUUCGAGUUUGGAACUAUAAUAAAUCUCCAGAGGAUACAUUCAGAGGAGCUAAAAGUAUACAUGUUUAUAUGGAUGAUCAAGAAGUGUCACCUCUAGAAGGAUUUCUGAUUCGUAAAGGUCCAGGUCACUGCCACUUUGAUUUUGCACAAGAUAUUAUUUUUAAUCAAUAUCAUAUAGACAGUUUUAACACGGAUUUUUCGCGCCAUCGAAAAAUUAAUUUACAAAAAGUAGUGAACGAGUAUGAGCCAACUAUCAUGCCUUGUGGCUUUGUAUUUCAAUUAAAUCUUUUCUCUUCAUGGGGAGAUCCGUAUUACAUUGGUUUAAAUGGUUUGCAAGUUUUUGACAAGCAUGGUAAAGAAAUAAAGCUGACAGAUAACAAUAUUACGGCUUAUCCUUAUAGUGUAAACAUUUUGGAUGGUGUUGUGGAUGAUGCUCGGACACCUGACAAACUUAUAGACGGUAUCAAUGAUACUUACGAUGGAAGUCACAUGUGGCUUGCUCCUAUUUUACCAUCACAUAUAAACAUUGUGUACAUUAUUUUUGACGAGCCUGUAACUAUUUCUAUGGUCAAGCUUUGGAAUUAUAGUAAAACACCAAACAGGGGGGUUCGCCAAUUUGCUUUACUUGUAGAUGAUCUAUUGGUAUACAGUGGUGUAUUACCUCAAUGUGGCGCUUAUGCUCGUGGUAUUGUACCUGGUUUACAAGUUCCUCUGAUGCAUUAUACAAUUCUUUUCACUGAUAAUGAAGAAAUAGCAAUGAAAGAACGAGGACAUAUUUUAAGUUCAACCGUUGAAGAGCAAACUGUAAAGUAUACUAACGAACGUUUAGAGUUAGGUAAUAAGAACGAAAAAGUUAAAGAAAUACCAAAAGUUGAUCCGGCUAUGCGUCCAAAGACAUCUGUCAAAUCUACAAAUAAAGUAUCUUACUGACCAUUCUUAUACUUAAACAUUAAAGUGCACUAAAUGUUAAUUUUGUGAUUGAGAUAUGGUACAAACGACAAAUUCUCUAAUAGAAAAGUUGUUUUAAAGUGAAUUUUAAGCAAUUAAAUCAGUCUUUCAUUCACCGAAAAAAACUGGUUUACACUAGUUUCCGUCCUGUGAAGAAUUUAAAACGUUCAGGCUACGUUUAAGGAAGUUUGUUCACACGAUACAAUUUAAGUGAUUGCAUACAGAAUAUUUAAACGGGUUAACGUGUUAAUCGUUGCGUCUGUUUUUAUCGUAAAAUUUCUAAAUUUUGUAAAUAAAUGUAAAAUAUGAAACUUAUAUUUAAAGUUUGAAAAAACAAAA